UUCAUAGUGAUCUAGAUAUGGCGAUCAAGCUUAUAGUAGUAGCGUUUUUCUUGCUUGUCCUGGCCUUUGCUGACUCCAGCGAUAGGGAAGAAAACGGUUUUGGUGAAAGUGCUUAUGCGGUGCAUUGGGAUCCUCCUUCUCAAGAAAAAGGUUUUGGGGCAAGUGCUUAUAAGGUGGACUGGAACCCACCUUCGAAAGAAAAAGGUUUUGGGGCAAGUGCUUAUAAGGUGGAUUGGAACCCACCUUCGAAAAAAGGUUUUGGGGCAAGUGCUUAUAAGGUGGAUUGGAACCCACCUUCGAAAGAAAAAGGUUUUGGGGCAAGUGCUUAUAAGGUGGAUUGGAACCCAGAAGAUACACAUUCCAAAGAAAAAGAUUUCGGCGAAAGUGCUUACAAGGUGACUUGGAGCCCAGAAGAUGCACAUUCCGGUUUUGGGGCAAGCGCUUAUAAGGUCUCUUGGAGUCCAGAUGGUGCACCUUCUGAGAAAGGAUUUGGUUCAAGUGCUUAUGCGGUACAUUGUGAUCCAGAUCAUCCACCUUCUGAAAAAACCAGUUUUGAUGCAAGUGCUUAUGCGGGACAUUGGGAUCCAAAUCAUGCACACUCUCCUUCCUCCAUUCCUGAAGCACCAACAAAACACAAGCAUAUAAAAGUUCAAACCGGCAUGUUAUUCCUGAAGAAGAAUCUGCACAUCGGCACUACACUUCCUAAAGGAACCAUGUUUGCACGAGAUGGUGCACCAAAGUCUGUUCAUUUUGCCUCUACUCCAUUGGAGUCAAAGUACUUGGCAACCAUCCUUUCACAUUUCAUGAUACCUCAUGGCUCGACCAAGGCAAAGCAGGUAGCUGACACCCUUCGUUCAUGCGGCAAACCGGUUGACAAGGAGGAUCCUCACAUGUGCUUCUCAUCCCGUGAAGCAAUGUCAAGGUUCGCCACCAGAGAAUUAGGGGUCAGCGGCGCACGAGCAGCCAUUACAAGGAUUCAUGGGAAUGAGACCCCCAGCUCCAUGUACAUUGUGGAACAGAUCACCCAACUCAACAAUAACGUGGUGCCAUGCCAUCCUAUGGAUUUUCCAUAUGAGGUAUUUUAUUGCCAUCGGCCGAAAGAGGUGCAGUCUUUGGGGGUGCAAAUCAAGGGUUUGAAAGAUGGCAUGCCGCGCGUGACGGCAAUAGCCAUGUGUCACAUGAACACAUUUAAUUGGGACACCCAGUACUUUGAGCUAUUAGACGGAAAGCGUGGUGAACCUAUUUGUCACUACAUGCCUACCAAUUACAUCAUGUUUUAUUAGAUAUAUUUAAAGUUCCUAUUGAACUAUGUAAUCUAGUUAUCCGAUCAAUAAAGUGUG